CACCGCUCCAGCCGGGAGCUGCCCGUGCCCCCCGCAGAGGGGAGCCCGGCACGGGGGGUGCGGGGAUGGCGGCGGGGCGGCCCCGGUUUGCCCCCCUCGCUGAACCGGGCGGCCUUCGGCCCCGGGAAUUGUCAUCCAUCGCUAUGAAAAACAACAACGUCCUGUGAGUUUGUUUCAAGCUUUCUGCCUCAUUAUCCUGCUUCAGAUAAGCUGUGCUCUGAGCUCUCCUGGGGAGGGUUCGUCUCCUUGGGGAAGCAUGGCCUUCCGUGGCUGGAAGUGGCUCCUCCCUUUGGACAGGAAGAACUUCUUUGCCAAAGCUUGGAGUAGCAGGAGGGGAGGCUGGAAGCGCUGUUGCCAUUGGAGUGCUGGCAAGUCUCUGGACCCCGAGGUGAAAGCAUUUUUGGAGGAGAACACGGAGGUCACCAACAGUGGGCACCUCACACCAGAGAUACGGCUGCGCCUCCUCACCCCUCGCUGCAGGUUCUGGAGAGAAAAACCCGACCUGUGGCCUUACGGGGACCCAUUCUGGGCAAUUUACUGGCCAGGAGGCCAAGCCCUCUCCAGGUACAUUUUAGAUAAUCCCCGCGUCGUUAAGGGACGAUCGGUUUUGGAUCUUGGAAGUGGAUGUGGAGCAACAGCAAUAGCUGCUGUGAUGAGUGGGGCAUCCCAAGUCCUCGCUAAUGACAUCGACCCUAUUGCAGGAGUGGCAAUGAUCCUGAACUGUGAACUGAACCACCUGAAUCCCUUCCCCAUCACCAUUAAGAAUAUCAUUAAUUCAGAGGCUGGCAACUGGGACCUCAUUGUUUUAGGAGAUAUGUUUUAUGAUGAACAACUUGCUGAUGGUCUGCAUCACUGGCUGAGGAAGUGCAUCAGGAUACAGCAAACUGAAGUGCUGAUUGGUGACCCUGGCAGGCAUCAGUUUUUAAGCCACAGCAUUCAGAGUCAUUUGCACAAAGUUAUAGAAUAUUCACUUCCCGAGUACACUAGACAAGAAAACCAUGGAUUAACAUCAAGUAUUGUCUGGAGUUAUCAGCCCUCAAACGGCUCAGCAGACUGUUGAAGUUGGCUUUGUAAGGAAUUUUGUCUUGCUUGGUUGGCUUUUUAGUGAGUACGUAAAAAGAAAAUGGGAAUUAAACACAGUACAUUAUUUGUUGAUGUAAAGCAGAUUCCUGUACCUUCACUGAACUGAUUUGUCAUACUCACUGAGGCUUUUGCUCCAUUUGAGGUAAAAGCUACAUGCAAACUGUAUUCAGAGGGGCCUGCACUGAAGUGCAGACCCACAGAUGAAUCACACAUAAGAGUUUGCAUGCUUGAUGUUUUUCAUGUAUAUUUGUGUCUUGCUCUCUAACAGUACUGUGAAAUGUUUUGGAUGUCCAGUACACUGCUGUGGGGAGAGGGCCAUGGCUGACAGACUACUGCAUUGCUUUCACAGACUUUUGCAGCUUAUUUAUAGAGAAAUUGUCAGUGUCCUUCAUAAAAUUCUAAAUCAUAAGAGAUUAAUAGCUCUUAAUAUGCUCAACUUAAAGUGCCUUGCUCCUUUUCUGGAUAUCUCUUCUGAAUGUCAGAGUAACUAAUUUAAAUCUCCCUUUUUCCCUCUAUAAUAAAAGCUUACUCUUCCUUCAAACUGCCUGAGUGAUUAUGUAGGAGUUGCACACAAACCUAAAAUAGCUUCUUGACUGGUAGCCAGUGUAGAAGUUUUUAGUAAGUGGAAAGCACCUAAAUAGUACUAGCUAUGGGGUAACUUGAUCAUCUAGAGAGUAGGGUGAAAUUACCUACAUAUCUGAACUUUGCAAGGGUAAACCAGGCAAACUAUCACCUUGGGAAGCUGCUGAGGGAUGAAGAGAUCUUUCCUUGUGUGACAAACAGAAUAUAACUAAAUAAAAACAGGGAAUAAAAGUUUGAUAUAA